UUGUCUCUUAUAUAUAUAUAUAUACACACACAUAUAUAUAUAUAUGUAUAUAUAUAUAUAUAUAUGUAUAACUUAAAAUAAUUUUUAUUUUAUUUAGUCUCUUAAAAUUCCUUUUUCAUUUUGAUCUUCUUCUUUUGGGUACGAGUAUGACGGGUUGAUUGGAUUGGAUAGAGAAUAGAGAGGAGAGAAAGAUGGGGUUAUCGGCGUCGAAGAGAGUGAAGAACAGUCUAGCAAACUCGGAUGAGUUCGACUCAGCAUGCGACUCGGCCUUCGCUCACUGCCUCUCUCUCACACAGCACGCCUUCGAAGGAGUGUUACCUUACCAACUCAAAACUGCUUCCGAUUACAUCCACGCCAACACCUCACACCCUCUCAUCCACAAGUGGCUACCCACUCCCCCCGAUCGCUCCCAAGUCGACUCCGCGUUGCGCCACGUGUCUUCACCCAAUCACGAUCCCGAUCCCGAUCCCGAUCACAUCCUUCGACCCCUCCUCUUUAAGAAUUGGGCUCAUCAGCUAUACACCGACGCUGUCUUGUCCGCCGCCGGCAAAGCGCUCAUGCUGCGUGUUCCCGUCGGUGUCGCUGGGAUUCUCGGAAUCGGUGCCGUCACUCGCCCCGCCCCUCAAUUGGUUGGGACCUUCGUCGGAGCCUAUUCCCUUGGUGUUGCGCUCUCUAUUUUUCUUGGUUUAUUCGCGUAAAUUUUAUGUUUCUCAUUAUGUAAU